CACACACAACGUAAGCAAUCGUUUAAGGCUUGACAAGUGAGGUCAACGCUGACAGUUGAAAUUUACACUCGUCUGGUAGCUCGACCUGUAAACAAUAGUUUCGUCGAAGAAAAACGGAGAGAGAGAGAGAGAGACGGGGGGUGAAAGGGAGUUGCAGUUACUUCCCUUCAGUCGAACUCUCUUGGCCCGCUCUCAACAUAAUGUCUCGGGUAGGUGACUAGAGCGGGCGAUUAGAGGAGUAUUCCCCCUCCUUUCAUUUCUUCGGACUUACUGGAGAUUGUCGAGUGGACUUUUAUAAGUUACUGUUUUCUUUGUAAACCACCUGUUUCUGUGGAUACAUCGUUUAGUGUUCGAUUCGAUUUCUUCAACCGUCGCCGUUGUUUUCACAUUACGUUGGAGUUCUAAUCGAUUUGUUUUCAUUGCUGUGAACUUCGGACAUUGUGUACAUAUAUACAGGAGAUAACGGGAGGUCAGCGCAACCUGCAGUUAGCUUUACGGAUGAACGGUCCAAAUGGUAACACAUCAAUACGUUGCCUACUUUGACUACAUAUUUCUAUAGUUCCUGACAAAGACGAUGCUGUACCGGUAUCGGAAUAUUCAUUCAGUUAUGAAGACAGGGAUGUAAUCAAAUGCUACGAUCCAUGAAAAGAUUCAGCGCCCCAGCUUCAGUCCACCCUGACCCGACUCGCCCGCCCGACGACGACAGUGAUGCCAGCCUGAGCGAUGGCAGUAAAAAGGUCAAGACGACGCAGUCGUUUGAGCCGCUCUUCAACAGCGAGUCCCUUAGCGACAUCGUCUUGGACGUCAAUCAUGGGGAGGCAGUCUUCCACGCCCACAAAACCAUCGUGGGGCUCAAGAGCGAACGGCUGGCCGCACUCAUCACGAGUCUGGCCACAACCCCGUCGGACAACAGCAGCAAGCCCGUGCUGCACCUGCAGGAGGCCCCCGAGUGCAGCGCAGUGUUCAGCAGAUUUCUGUACUUUAUUUACAGCGGGGCCGUCUGGCUGCACAGAGACUACGUCGUGCCGCUUUUCAAGUUGUCCGUCAAGUACGGGGUGAACGCUUUGGCCAACCACUGCGAGAACUACAUCUUACAGCUGCUCAACAAGUGUAUGGCCGUGGACAUCAACUGCGCCAACCCGCCGCCGACCCUCUCCGUGACCACUGUAUGCGACCUGUACGAAGAGAGCGUUUACAGGGAAGAAACCCGAAGGAUGGCAUUCAACGUGCUGGCGAGACGAUUCGUGGACCUGAUUCACACAGAGAGAUGGAUCACAUGUGAAUGGCUGACCGUUAGGGAUCUUCUUCGUUGUGACGAUUGCUUGUGCGAGGAGAAUCUUAUAUUGGUUGCAGCUACUGACUGGAUGAAGAGAAACAAGCUUCAGGACAAAGGGAGAAUCCAGGAGAUUCUAUCCUCUAUACGUUACCCAAGACUUCCUAGGAGAGUUCUCUACCAUUUGUAUACUGCUGCUAGCUUUAAAAACUUUCCCCAGGUUCAAGACCUGAUCGAGGCGGCCAUUAAAUACCACUGCUUCAAGGACGUCCCAGAGGCGCAGGACGAGUUCACUGGAUUGCAGUACCGUGCUAGGGGCAAGGGGCGAACCAGGCACACCGUGUGCGGUGGGGAGAACCUGAACUCUCAAGAGCUCCAGCAUCAGGCCCAUUCCUGGCAGUGGGAGGAGGCCAGCCCCGAUAGCAACUACAACUCCGGUCAAUGCUGUGAUAGCAUCGCUGACUUCUCCAGGUCGGACGAGGUCAACGACAAUCAUUCUCAUCAGCACACGCUUCUGUGUCGCGCCCAGCGGCAGACGAAUCAUCGACCUAUGGCAUCCCCCGUGGCAGCCGUCCAUCCACGAGUUCAUAGUUCGGAUAGAGAGAUUUGCAGCAACACGACCGACAUCGCGCUGCAGAUCAACAUACACUCGCAUAGUCAAAUGUAAACAUAAGUCACGACCUUGUAGCCGCCUGCCAAUGUUUCAGGGUCAACAUUCUCCCUUUAUCUAAUGUGAUACAGCCUGGUUUAUCCGAAUGUAAUGAAGCCAGGUCUAACCGGAUAUAACGCCAUCGUUUUACAGAUGUGAUCAUUUAUUCGAAUGUGAUUUCAUGGCGCAGAUAUCUUAUAUAAACAUUCAUUUCGAUGGUUAUAACAUAAUCAACUUAAAAUGGAUUGAACCAAAUGUGAUUCAAAGACGACUCAAACUGAGUAGAUAAGGACUUAACGACAAAAUUUAGUUAACCGAUUGUGAUUGAUUAAAAAAAAAAAGCCAUUGGGUAAGCCUCGUGUGAUAGUAAUAUAUAUUACUUCUGUUUAAUGUGAACAAGACCAUUGUAUACAAUAUUAAUGCUAUAGUAAGGUUACUUUUUUUUUCGUUCACAAACUAUUAGAGACCAUGCAGGUCCCGUUUACUUUGGUUGAAGAUUUUUGUUUGUGGUUCGAUGUUCAACUAAUGAAUGUGAUUCGUGCAGAAAUAAACCUAAGUUACUCAAACAGAAGCCUAUCUAGCUUGCAGAGCUCUAACAUACUUUCUUAUAAAGUCCAAGGCACUAAACGGUAACAUAGUCUCAGUGAUAGUGCUGCAUGACUAUUAGCAAGCGUAAAUCAGUGAAACUCCAUCAAUUAGAAAUAAUUUUCCCAACUUACUUCCCUACCCUUGUUUUCCCUCUUACACUGGACGCCAUUUUCUACUAUAUUUUCGUAAUUAAUCUGUUGCUAUUAAAGCAAGUCAAGACAAAUAAUGGCAUUGGUUAGAGAUGGGACAUUAUCACGUAUGGACGGAACACAAAUUGAGUGCUGCUUUAUCAACUUUUGGGGAGUCUAGUGAAUGGGAAAACGUUGUUGCCUGACGCAGGGAGUGGGGGGGGGGGGUGGUGGAGUUAGGGGGCUGCUCAAAUGUAUUGAUUUUGUGUUUGUUUAUGUUGAUCUUUGAAAGCGCUCUAGUGAUAUGAACGUUCUUGUAUUAUUAUUAUUUAAUGAUAUGUUCGCUUUAUGAUUUGGAUAUUUGAAUCAUUUCAUGUUCACUGUAACAAGUGUCCUGGUUUGUAGCAAUGUUGCUUUGAAUGUAUGAAAUAAAUGUAUGCAAUAAAUCAAGUGGCAGGAAGAGUGGCCAGAUUUAUUGGAAAAUACUAUUUUAAACAAUGAAAUACAAACUUGAUGAAAGCAUA